ACCAGUUGUAAACUUCGAAGCAAAGCCUCAUUUUUACGGCUCUAUUAAAUUUGCCUCUGUGAAUAAGAAAUGGGAAAAGAACCUCUUGCUCAGUCCAUGAUCAACGAGGUCGACUCGGAGGGAAACGGAUCCAUCGAGGCUCCGGAGUUCUGCAACGUGAUCCUGCGCAAGAUGCGCGACACGAACCACGAGGACGAGCUGCGCGAAGCUUUCAGGAUUUUUGACAAGGACAACAACGGCUACAUAACCUCCACCGAGUUAAAAAAUGUGUUCACUGCGCUGGGCGUGAAGCCUAGCGACGAAGAGUUGGAUGAAAUGGUACGCGAGUACGAUCUGGAUCAGGACAAUCACAUCAAUUACGAGGAGUUUGUUAACAUGAUGACAAUGCGAUAGCCUUCAU